AUGGUCUCGGGUCAGGAAACCCCGGGCAGGCUCUUACUAGUUUCAAAUCGUCUUCCAACUACUAUUAAACGUCUCGAAAAUGGAUCUUAUGCCUUCUCUAUGUCCUCCGGAGGCUUGGUAACAGGUCUUAGUGGAUUAGCUAAAGCGACCACCUUCCAAUGGUAUGGCUGGCCUGGCCUCGAGGUACCCGAGGCCGAAGCAGGACCUAUGGUGAAGCGCCUUUCCGAAGAUUACUGUGCAGUUCCAGUUUUCAUUGGUGAUGACCUAGCAGAUAAACACUACAAUGGGUUUUCAAAUUCUAUCCUCUGGCCUCUAUUUCACUAUCAUCCAGGCGAGAUAACCUUUGACGAAUCAGCAUGGAAAGCAUACAAGGAAGUUAACAGAUUGUUUGCGAAAACAAUGGCCAAAGACGUGCAGGAUGGUGAUCUAAUCUGGGUUCAUGAUUAUCACCUUAUGCUCCUGCCAGAAAUGUUGCGUGAAGAAAUUGGUAAUUCGAUGAAAAACGUCAAAAUCGGGUUCUUUCUACACACCCCAUUUCCAUCCAGUGAAAUAUACAGGAUUUUACCUGUCAGGGAAGAGCUCCUUCAUGGGGUCCUCCAUUGUGAUUUAAUUGGCUUUCAUACUUAUGACUAUGCUAGGCACUUCUUAAGUAGUUGCUCAAGGAUACUCGACCUACCAACGACUCCAAAUGGCGUUGAAUACCACAGCAAGCACGUUACUGUAGCCGCAUUUCCCAUCGGUAUUGACCCAGAAAAGUUUGUCGAUGGGCUAGAGAAAAAAACUGUUAAAGAUCGUAUUUCUGUCUUAGAACGAAAAUUCGAAGGCAUUAAGCUCAUAGUUGGCGUAGAUCGCCUUGACUAUAUAAAAGGAGUACCACAAAAACUACAUGCCCUUGAAGUCUUUUUGACUGAACACCCUGAGUGGAUUGGAAAAGUAGUGCUUGUCCAGGUGGCAGUUCCCUCUCGUCAAGAUGUAGAAGAAUACCAAAAUCUACGUGCAGUUGUCAAUGAGCUUGUUGGUCGAAUCAAUGGAAAAUUUGGGACUGUAGAGUUUAUGCCCAUACAUUUUCUCCACCGAUCUGUUAGUUUUGAUGAGCUUGCAGCCUUAUACGCUGUCUCUGACGCUUGCCUCGUAUCAUCAACACGCGACGGUAUGAACCUUGUGUCUUAUGAGUAUAUUGCUACUCAACGCAAGCGACAUGGCGUUAUGAUAUUGUCUGAAUUUACUGGUGCAGCGCAAUCUCUUAAUGGUGCUUUGAUUGUCAAUCCGUGGAGCACAGAAGAAUUGGCAGGCGCUAUUCAUGACGCAGUUACAAUGAACCAUGAGCAAAGAGAAGCUAAUUUUAAGAAGCUAGAGAAAUAUGUUUUCAAAUACACCAGUGCUUGGUGGGGUGAAAGCUUUGUUGGUGAGCUAGCUAGGAUAAGUGAACAUGCAGACAAAAAAUUGAAGGAAGUCGAAACAAAAACCAACAAUGGUUGUAGAGAAUAA